AUGUCAACCAACUUGGCGCAAAAUCGCAAAGAUGAGGUUUUCGUUCACGGCGAUACUCAGAGCAGCGGAGUUAAUUGGCUGCCAUCCAGGUUGCCGAAGCUGGGCAUUCACAACUUCAGGCUCGGCUCUGGGCAUCACCGGAGAGUCGGCUUGAUCAUACUAAAUCUAUACGUGCUCCUUAACUCCACCCGUUGA